AUGGCGAUCCAUCCAUCCGCUACGGGAACGACCCUGGACAAGUAUUGCCUCGAGGCUUGGCUGGUGCGGAUCUCGGAAUGGCCGUGCGCGACCCUCGGGGCACUCCGUCGAUACAUCAUCAAGCAUCCAGAGACAAUCUGGUUCCUUCCGAUCUGUCAUGAUUCUCACUGGUUCCUCGCUCGCCUCGACGUCGCCAACAACAAAUGGGAACUGUUCAAUUCGAUGGCCUCGCGACGGAGCGCUCGACGAAAGGGUUCUGGCGGCGCUCGGCGACCUCUUCCGAUUGCUCGGCCUGAAGCUCGACGCCAACAAACCGAUCACGCCCUCGAUCCCACAGCAGCGCGACAACUCAUCCUGUGGUCCUGCGAUCAUCAACAUUGUCGAGAAGUCCUGGGUGAGGCGGCCUUCGAUCCCGGGCGCCCUAAUGUAUCCCGAGUUCGGCAGUUCCAGAGGCUUCUCCGUGACUUCCCCCGGCGAACACCAAGCUUGACCGACACACUCACUGCAGACAACACUCCGAACAAGGUCACGGCACCCACCGGAGUGGCGGAUGAUGGCCCAGUCGAGGGUGAGCCGCUGCCCAGCGAGACGAGUCGUCAUCCGCCACUCCAGUGGGUGCCGUAA